AUGAGCUUCACACAAUCGCUAUCGCGAUGGGCAUCCGUCCUGGUGCUGCUUUGCUUCGGUCUGGCACAGGCUCACAGUGUCAUCACAUAUCCCGGGUAUCGAGGGAACAAUCUCCAUACCAACGGCACCGUCGAGCAAGCUAAUGGUCUCGGUGUCGCCUACGAUGUCAAAAACGGCUCAUACAUCUUCCCGUAUGGCAUGGAGUGGAUCUAUCCCUGCGGCGGCAUGCCCCGAUCAACCAACCGAACCAAGUGGCCCGUCAGCGGCGGUGCUCUCGCCUUCCAGCCUGGCUGGUUCCCGGGCCACUCAACUGCUCUUAUCUAUGUCAAUCUGGGAUUCGGCGAGAUCCCUCCCAACAUGAGCCACCCCGUCGUUCCGCCGUUCCAGAUCGUCGGCCCGACAAACAACCCUUACCCGGGCACCGUGUGUCUGCCCCAGGUGCCCCUGCCGGCCGGUAUCAGCGUCAGUCCUGGUGAUUACGCUACUAUUCAGCUAGUUGAGACUGCCAAGCACGGCGCUGCGCUGUACAAUUGCGUGGACAUUGAGUUUGCAGAAGACGGCGAUGCUUCUGUGGAGGCGGUAACGCGUGACAAUUGCUUCAAUUCGAGUAAUAUCGGCUUUGAGUUCAUGUACACCACCAGUGCUAUCGGUUCGGGCGCGGCAAUGUUGCAGCCGAAACUGUCGGCUGCGGCUGUCGUACCACUGUUGCUCGCUGUCGCCUUCGGUUUAUACAUGUAG